AUGAUUCACAAAACGAAGAACCAGGCGGACUCUAUCCCGACGACAUCUACAGAACAAUCCUGGGAACAAUUUUUUGAAUUCGAGAGAACAGGAUCUCAAGAGUUUACCGGACCCGCAUCGCAAGAACGAAAGCUUGCAAAUGACGCAAUCUGGAAAGCAUUUGAGGAAAAUCUGUGCACAUCAGACGAAGUCAAAGUGCUAGGAAUCACAUGGAACACAAGGAACGACCAAAUAACCCUCAAAUGCAGAUACCCGAAGAAAGAAAACAUCACGAAGCGAUCAGUCUCAGAACAAGUUGCAGCCGUUUAUGACCCUCUAGGAUGGCUUACGCCAUUAACGCUGGCUGGAAAAAGAUUCCUACAACAGUUGUGGAAAUUCAACUACCAGUGGGACAGUGCGCUAUCAAAAGAACAUCAGACUCAAUGGAAGAACAUCACGGAAUCAAUUGAAGAUUUCUUCUACACUAUACCAAGAAAGGUUGCACAAAUCGGGACUAGCAACAACGAAGGAAUGAGCAACCACAUUUUAACAACAUUAUCAUCAUCGCAAAACAACAUGAAGGAGAUACUCGAUUGGAAACGACACAAUACAACAACCUCUAUCAAAAUAGUGAUGGCAUAUGUUCUACGCUUCAUCAAAAACCUCAUAUCGAAAACGUCCUCAGAACUGCAAUCACGCAUCACAAGUACCAUCCCUGAACUCCGUCGACUGACAAACGAAAAAUACGUCACAGCAAUUGAAAGAAAAGCUUCGCUGCAAGUGAUAGUCCGCAAUCACCAGAUG